AUGAGUACUGAAUAGGCAAAAUAUAAAGCAUGCAAAUUUUGUUAGAAGGAUUUUCUUCAAAAUGAAAUCUUCAACCAUCAACGAUCUUGUACAUCCAAACUUAAAGAUAAUCUUAAGUAAAUACCUAGAUAAACAGAAAUUAAUAUUCAAGAGAAAAUUUAUGAGCCAUAAGUUAUUCAAUUCUAAGAGUCAUAAUAAGUAAGAGAUGCUGUAAAAUAUCUAGAAUUAAAAUGAUAAACAUAAUCAAGCAGUCAAUAAUCCUAUAAUUAAUUACUCUAUCCCUGAAAAAUUUAAGGGUAAAGUAACAAUUUUAGAUGUUAAACCAUUACCUAAAGAUGAAUCUUAAAAAGAUAUUUCGGAAUAACCUUUAUAAUAUUCUAAUCAAUAACCUUAAUAGGAAAAAUUUUAAUAAGAUGUAAAUUUAUAAAUCAAAUAUGAACAGCCUAAGUAUUAGAGUAAUUAAUAAAAAUAUUUUGAUCAAUAGCCAUAAUAAUAAUAAUAAUAAUAAUAAUAAUAAUAAUAAUAAUAAUAAUAAUAAUAAUAAUAAUAAUAAUAAUAAUAAUAAUAAUAAUAAUAAUAAUAAUAAUAAUAAUAAUAAUAAUAAUAAUAAUAAUAAUAAUAAUAAUAAUAAUAAUAUAGAUAAUAAACUAAUCAAUAGCUUUAUUAAGAAUAUCCGAAAUAAUACGCAAAUUUAUAGGCCUAUUAGGAAUAAUUUAUAUAAUAAAUAAAUUAUUAGAUCUGUUAGGAAUAACCUAAAUAAAAUUCAAAUUAAUGGUCUUUUUAGGAAAAACCUUAGAACUUAAAAAAUAAUAAUCAAUAUAAUUAAUUUAAUAAUUUAACCAAAUGUGAUCAUUGCAAUUGCUAUUUUAAUACUUAGGACAUGUCUUUACAUCAAAUGAAUUGUUCUUCAUAUUAAAAUUAUUUGAAUAUAAUUUAAGAAUAUUAGCAAUAAAACAUAUAAUGUAAAAAUGAAAAUAAAAGUAAUAGAGAAUCUAUUUAAAUGAAAAGUUAAUAAAUAAUUUCAGAAUAUCUCUAACUUUAUUAGAAUCACAAAAAUAUUAUAACACAAGGCAGAAAAUUAAUGGAUUAAGGUUACUUUAAACGUUUGAAAUUUAGAAAAACUUUUGAUCAAAAAUAUUGUUACUUUUGUAAAGAUUAUUUUCGAGAAGAAUAAAAUAUAUAUAAUUUGGAAUGUUGCCUAAUAAAAUGUCAUACAAAAUGUUUACAUAAAUAAAUUAUAAAAAGUACCAAAUGCUACAAUUGUUAGAAAUCAUUAUUUCCAUCAAAAAUAAAACUCAAUUAAUGA